UCUGCCGGAAUAUCGACGUUUCAAGUUGUAAUUGUAAAAUAUGAUUUAAUUAUUAUUCAAUUAUUAUUGUCAUGAUUGAUUAUAUAUUGAUGCGUUGUAAUAACAGUAAUAGCAUUAUACUUUCCGUGUCCACGGACAGACGAAUGAACGAUUGACAAACUUCUCGCGCUAAUCCAUACCGUCGUUAUUUCGACAGACGUAAUUGUUCGUUUUUCACAAAAUGAUCUUCUGUUUGAAUUUUGGUAUACGUACAUUACCGUGAUUUCGGUUUUUGGUAAAAUACGUAUGCUGUUUUAAUGCAACUAGAAGAGGAUACAACAUAGCAACGAUUAACGAUGUAGUUAAAUAGUUCAACUCGUUGUGUGUCGUCUACCAAAAUUGUACGUGACGCGGAACGAAUAACCUCUCAAGUAAUAACCUCUCUUGGUUAAGUGGUUGCGUAUGAAUGUACUGUCGAUUAUUAUAAUUAGGCUUAAGCGGGACGCCAGUCCGUUCACUUAACAUUACCUGUAAUUUUGUUACAUUUUCGAGAUGAAGCUCGACACAUUAUCAUUGAAGUACAUCCAAAUAUUUUUUGUCGUCGUUAUUUAUUGGGUGAUUUCUAUUCUUACAGUAUUUGUAAAUAAGACUUUAUUGAGUAUUGACAAACUAGAUGUUGAUGCUCCUAUAUUCAUUGCGUGGUUCCAGUGUUUGGUUUCAGCAAUAAUUUGUUUCACAUUAAGUCGUUUGUCUAAGAUGUUUCCAACAGUUGUACAGUUUCCUGAGGGAAAUCCCUUUAAUGCUGUCACUGUGAGAAAAGUUUUGCCACUAUCAAUAUUAUAUAUUUUAAUGAUAUCUACAAAUAACUAUUGUCUAAAAUUUGUGGAUGUUACAUUUUAUUAUGUUGGACGAUCACUCACAACAGUAUUCAACGUCAUACUUUCCUAUUUAAUAUUAGGUCAAACUACUUCAAUUAGCUGUCUCCUUUGUUGUUUUGCUGUAGUAUGUGGAUUUUUUUUGGGAGUAGAUCAAGAGAAUCUUUCAGGUUCAUUUUCGUUGGUUGGAACAGUAUUUGGAGUCUUAAGUUCAUUUUCUUUGGCAUAUUACUCUAUUCAAAUUAAAAAAGUUCUACCUGAUGUCAAUAACCAAAUUUGGCUACUUUCUUACUUCAAUAAUGUAUACGCUACUAUAUUAUUCAUUCCACUUUUAGCUCUUGAAGCUAAGGAAUUGAGUAAUUACAGUAAACUGACUGAAUACAAAUUUUUGUUACUUAUGAUAAUUGGUGGUGUGUGUGGACUUUCAAUUGGUUAUAUAACAGUACUCCAAGUACAAGUAACAUCGCCAUUAACUCAUAAUAUAUCUGGUACAGCAAAAUCUUGUUUCCAAACAGUAUUAGCUUCAUUCUGGUAUAAUCAGUGGAAAUCUUCUAUGUGGUGGUUUUCAAAUUUUGUUGUAUUGGGAGGAAGUGCUGCUUAUACUAUUGUGAAGAAUAGAGAAAUGGAAAAAAAAUACCGACCAAUAGCGUACAAUCGUUGUUAAUUUUAUUUAUUAAAUUUAUGUUUCUUGACUACUUAUACUACUUAUAUAAGUUAAGCUUUGACCAAUUUUUUUGUAAAUUAUUUUAUUUCUUUGUUUGUUUCUUAUUUUAAUAAGAAUAAUAAGAUAUUACCUAAUGCAAAAUGGAAAACUGCUACCUAUAGCACUCAAACAAUUUGGUGUAGCUAGCAAAAAGUUUUCUUUAUAUAAAAACAAACUUGAUCUAAACCGGCAAUAUUAUUCUUAUUAUUCUUAUUAUGUCAAUCUAAAACCAGUAUUUUUUAAAUCAUUGUCCCUAUAUGCACAAUAUUGUUCAGUAUUCAAUCUAUUUUUACGGUGUUCCAUGUUAAGUUUUAUUGUAAACUGCCCCUUGUGGUUGAUAAAUGUUGACAUAUAUUGUAUUAUAAAAAUAAAGUGUUAAUAUCAUCCUAUCUAUCAAAAAAAGUUAUUCUUCUGUGUUUCCCUUAAUAAAAUUUCUAUAUAUUUUUUAAGUCUCGAUUGUAAAAAAAUAAGAUGACUAUCUUUAUGUAUUGAGCAUAAAACUAAUUUUUUUCUCAAAAUAAAUCACUUGUUUAUUUCUA